AUGGUGGAUGUCAGAACAAGGACUAUCAUCAAUGACAUUUUCUUCACUGAGCCCACCCCAGAAAUGAGCUCCCUUCCUGUGCGCUCUCACAGCUCCUUGUCGUUGAAUCUCAUAUCACUGAUGGUAAUUUGCAGAGGAAUAAUUAAGUUGGUGAUUCACUUUAGGAUGUACUGCCCUCUGAGGCUGAAAGCUAAACACAUAGAGCCCACGUUACGCCCAGCACCAGUUAAGGAACUAAGGAUUAGUCACUGGCCCAAUGAAUGCAUCAGACACUCAGCUUCAGUUCCCAUGGCAACAGGGGCUAAUGGCCUAGAGACUAAGGAUGAGACAAAGAGAAACGCAGAGAAAUGUGCGUGUUCUGUCUUCCUCUGA